GGCAAUAAAUACAUUUAUCAAGUCAUGAAGUGAAAACCUAUUUUACACGCUUUAUAGAACAACUAUUUAUUUAUUUCAGAUAUCCUAACGAAUUAUUUAUCACUGAAGAAUGUGGACCCUCCGGCGACUCCAGAUACUGCCAUCUAUAGUUCAAUUCAGGCAACCAAAAGCCUGCUACAUUCCGACAAAGAAGCUCAUCAAGAAUAACAUAAAACUUCUGGAGGAAGACAAAAAACUGCUCAAAGAAUCUGUUAAACACUUGCCAGAGUUUCUUGAGGAGAUGGAAGGAUUUGAAGCAGAAUUUGGUCAAGAUCCAGCAGAGUUCCAUACAGAAAGGAAAAGGGAAGAAGAACAGAAGAGGCAAUUUGUCAAACGGAAAAUCCUUGAGAAAAAACACUUCAAGCCACCUCAAGAAGUGAACCUGCUAACCUGGGAUGCUAAGGAACAAAUACGCUACCUUCAUUAUGAAUUCCCAGAUGAAUGGGCUCUGGAAAAGUUAGCAGACAGCUUUCCUAUCUCUGUUGAUGGAUUAAAACGACUCCUGAAAUCAACUUAUGUGCCACGAGAUGCCAAUGACUUGUAUAAUCAUGACCUGAGGGUGAAGAAGAAUUGGAUGGCGCUAAAAGAUGGCGUUGCUGGUGGUGGUGGUCCUCUGGCUGUUCGCUAUCAAGAUCUUAUUGCGGAAGGUAAACUGCGCCUUCUUGGUAAUGCUGCUGGCAAUGCCAGUCUUCCGAUGCCUGAGAAAAAGCUGUUGGGUCCUGGGAAAGCUCUAGAGCAUCAGGAAAGAAAGGUUGGAAGAUUUGAAGCAAUUGUAAAAGACUAUGUUGAACAGAAGAAUAAGGCAGACAAUGAGAAUUUGUUAAAUUCUGGGGUUAAAGAGGAUGUUGUAUCUGAUAUUUUCUCCCAGACUGAUGAAAUAAAGAAACUGAUACAAACUUUUGUACCUGUGGAGACAAAGAAAAGUAUUGUCAGUCAUGUUUCAAUGUUUAGGUAUCUGCAGGACAGAACAUCCAGUGACCAAGAGCGGAAACCGGAUGUACGUAUUGAGAAAUCGCAUGAGAAGAAACUUCGCAGAAAGGUUCAUGACUUUAGGCAUGCAGUUAGCAAAGAAGAGAGAUCUGAUUUGCAAAAUAACAGGCCCAGUGAUAGACUUGGUGAGAAUAUUACGGAUAAUUAUCCUGCUCAGGAGGUAUUUGAAGUCGUGCCAGACAGGCAGCCUGAUUCAUCAAAACCAAGACUAGAAGAAGCACCAAAGAGAACAGCACCGAGGACUGAUGAAGAAUUUCAGAUGGAAAAUUCCAAAGGAUUUGAUUAUCAUACUGUUGGAGAUGAAUUUCUCUCAGAGGUGGGACCUGUUGUUGGCAGUGAUGACACUCAUGCUGCCGGUAGCAAGGAACGUGCAAGAGGUGGCAGGUCUCUUCGGAGAAGUAGGGGUAGGGGAGCCACUCGAGUGCGGUUAGAAGAUUUGAAAUCUGAUUAUCUUCCUAAGUAUCAAAUGGAAGGGACAAAAAAGUUGGGUGUGCCGCCUUCCAACGACCAGGGGAAUGAGAUCAGUGACAUUUCUAGUGAUGACCUGGAGGAACUAAAACAGACAAAAACUGGUCAAUUUACGAAACAUGCUGGGGAGUCAUUUCAAGGGUCAGGUUCUACUAUCAAAAGUCAGAUACAAUAUGAAAAUCAUGGAAAGCUGAAUGACAUGAAAGAAGCAUAUUUGUACAGUGAUGAGACUGGUUAUCAGCAUCCAUAUGGAAAGGUGGAUGAUGCACUGGGUUCAGUGCAGAUUUCCGAAAAUGUGAAAAAGCCUGGGAGAAUUUUCAAGAAGGGGAAUGUUUAUUAUGAUGAGGAUGGAGAAUUUUUGUAUCGUACACCUUAGGCCCAGCACACCAACACUGACAUUAACAAUCAGCUUGGUAAAUAGCGCAUUUGAAGUGUAAAACAUACGACCUGCGACUAUUAUUGAGUGUCUUGGUGAAUGACACUUGGAGACAUUUUGAUUAUGUAGCACGAUUUGUUUUUGCUAGGAAAUAAACCCAAU